CGCGCCGUGCUCCGACGAUAAAGUGUUGUUGUUCUACACUGUCCGCUUGAUCACGAUCGCCACAGUAAGUAGAAUCGCGUUCGUACAACUUACGCUUAUCGAGUUUACCAUUUUAAACGUUCAUUGUAAAAAUUAUUAGAAACAAACAUGGUUUACAAAAUAAAGAAACACUCAACAAUGCCCGUUCACGUAGUCGAUGACCAUAACGACGCAUUGCGAUAUAUCUAUCGAGAAAUAGGUUCGAAACACUUGCCCUUGUAUGGCAAUGUUCUGUUGCAUUUCGAUUCGCAUCCUGACUUGUCCAUUCCGAAAGAUAUGCCGGCCGAUUACGUUUAUGAAAAAGAACAGUUGUUUGAUUCGUUAAGCAUCGAGAACUGGAUACUACCAGCUGCGUAUGCCGGCCAUUUUGAUAAAAUUAUAUGGGUAAAGCCUCCUUGGGCACGGCAAUUCAAUGAAGGUGAAAUUGUGUUCAGUAUUGGCAAGCACAAGACGUCUGGCGCCAUACGAUUGACUAAUUCUAGUGAUUUCUAUCUGAGUGAUGGUCUUUAUUGUUUGGAAAAUGAUCUCAUUAAUAUAAGAACAAUCAAGUUGUUUGUGUUCACCAUGUGUAGUUCAGUGUUUGACGAUGGCGAGGAAAAAUUUGAGCUAUUACGAAAUAAGUUUAUCGAGUACACUAGAGAUAAUCCUCAUUAUAUCUUAGAUUUUGAUUGUGACUUUUUCUCCACAAACAAUCCAUUUCUGACCAUGUACGACAAAGCAAAUCUGUAUACUAAUCUACAUAAAAUUUACUCAUAUAACUCUCCGACUAAUAAAGAGGACGUUAACAGUUUACUACAAUGUUCUCGCUCUAGAGAAAUAUUAUUGCAAGAAUUAGAAUCCGUGUUCAUGCAUCUUGAUGACGGGAAGUCAUUAGAUGAGUAUCCGACUGAAACUUUAACUGCCGUAAAUACUGAAGAUUUAUCGUUUAUUGUAAACGAGUUGUUGAAACAUUACGAUACAAUUGACUGGUUGAUAGUGCAUAAUGCUGGUUGCACAAUUGACAACAUUGAAUUACCUAACCAUCACACGGACAUAGCUGAUAUCGCGAAAUCUAUGGAUAUUGUAUUCAACUUUUUACCUAUUAUACACGAACCAGCUGCCAUUACAAUUGCCUUGUCCACGGGAGAUGAUUACUGUCCAUUGGAAAGUGCGCGCUUUAUUAAUGAAUCAUUGCUCGCAAAGUUAGAAUGCUUGUAUAAUAAACUGAAUGUUCAAAAAUGUACUGAAGGUUCCUAAAUUACUGAAACAUAAUUUAAAGUAUAAGUUUAUUUUAUUAUAAUUGCUAGUAAGUUUUUUUAUUCUGUAUAGUUCAACAUAGUAUUUUUUUACAACUAGUAUUAUUUUAAAUUUAAAGUUUCUUUGAGAGUCUUGAGUUGUAAGUACAUUAUCAUUAGUUUAUACAUUUUAUUAUUUUUAUUUUUAGUACCUAAAUUAGUAUGUCUAAACUUUAAAUGUUAACAAAACAAUAUUUAGUAUUUAAGUAUUUAAGUAUUAUAAUAUUAUAUUUAUAAACAUUUAUAUUUAAUGAGUAAUUCUCACUAAAUAUUGCUAUCAAUUAUUUUAAUAAUAUUAGGUAUGUCUUAUGUCCAUUUUAAAUAUUUAAUGUAACAGCCAAAAACAAUAAUCAUUCUCUUACUAAUGAUAGCACUGCUUAGUUCUUAAAGUGUUUUAGAUAAAUAAUAUUAAGUAGGUAUAUGAAAAAAGUUUUUGCAUGUCUAUCAAUUGUCAAUUUUUAAAUUAGAAAAACCAACCUAAUUAAAUCCAGGCCAUAAUUUAUUAAACAGAUAAAAAUAUGUAAUGAAAAUUUGAUUUCAUUAAUUGUAGGAUGUCUAUUUUUAAAACAAAUUAAAUAUUAACCUUUUCACAGAAGGCUGUAAAUUAUAUUAUUUUAUUUUUUACUUAUUUAUUUUCAAAUAUUAUAUAGUUGGCGUUAGUUUGUUAGUCAUUAGUAUUGAUGAUUCAAAUUGUUGAUUGAAUGACCUAAGUACAUUAUUUAAGUUAUUGUUAAACCAUACAUCACUUAUUCACUGUUCAGUUUAAUUUUCAUCUAACAGCGAUUGUUUGAUUAAAUAGGUACCUCUGUAAAAUUAUGGUGAAUAGUAGAUAUUAUUCUAUGUUAAAUACUAGGCGAAGUAUGUAUUAAAGUCAUAUGAAUCAAAUUAAAGUUUUUGGCUCAGAAUUAAAUUGUAUGUUUAUAGAUUACCUACUAUACAAUAUUCGUUUUUACAAAUAUAUUUUUUUAUGUGUGCACUUAAAUGUUAAGUCUAAUAUUAUUACUUUAUUACUCAAAAACAUUUGGAACUCUUGAAAAUAUAUUUUUAUUUUUUUUUUCGUUAAAAUUAAAUAUGUGAAAAAAUAUUAUCGUAGAAUUUAAUGAAUUUGUAUUUUAACUCAAAUUAAUAAUAUUGUAGGAUACCAAUACAAGUAUUUUUAAGAUCUUAAUCUUGAUAAUUUAUUCACGUUUUUUAUUUUUAAAACAUAAAUUAUAGUAUUUGUGUCAGAUUUACUGUUUUUGAAAUAAGAAAUAUUUAAAUGUUGUAAAUCUAUAAAUUCAAUUUUAUUCUAUUAAUACGAUAUUUUUUUUAUAAAAUUAAAUAUAUGCGAUUUUAUAAACAAA